AUGGAUGCUGCGGGAAGGGGCUGCCAUUUGCUGCCCCUGCCAGCGGCGCGCGGACCUGCUCGCUCCCCCGCAGCGGCGGCCGCCGCCCGCGCCGUCAGCCGGCCCGGCCUCUGCAGCGCCGCCGCCUCGGCUCCCUCGGCGGCCGCCGGAGCGGGCGCCAUGAACCCCAGCUCCUCGGCGGGAGAGGAGAAGGGGGCGCCCGGCGGCGGCGGCGGCGGAAGCGGCGCCGGGAGUUGCUGCCUGGGCGCGGAGGGCGGCGCGGACCCGCGGGGCGCGGGGGCAGCGGCGGCGGCGGCGGCGGGGGCCGCUGCCCUGGAGGAGCCCGCGGCCGCCGGCCCGAAGGAGAAGGACGAGGCGCUGGAGGAGAAGCUGAGGAACUUAACUUUCCGGAAGCAGGUCUCUUACAGGAAAGCAAUCUCCCGGGCAGGCCUGCAGCACCUGGCUCCUGUACAUCCCCUCAGCCUUCCUGUGGCAAAUGGUCCAGCGAAGGAGCCCAGAGCGACUCUGGACUGGAGUGAGAAUGCCGUGAAUGGAGAGCACCUGUGGCUGGAGACCAACGUCUCAGGAGACCUGUGUUACCUGGGAGAGGAGAACUGCCAAGUCAGAUUUGCAAAAUCGGCCCUCAGGAGGAAGUGUGCGGUCUGUAAAAUCGUCGUCCACACCGCCUGCAUUGAACAGCUAGAAAAGAUUAAUUUCAGAUGUAAACCAACAUUUCGAGAAGGGGGCUCAAGAUCACCAAGAGAAAACUUUGUGCGUCAUCACUGGGUGCACAGGCGUCGGCAGGAGGGAAAAUGUAAGCAGUGUGGGAAGGGCUUCCAGCAAAAAUUCUCCUUCCACAGUAAAGAGAUUGUGGCUAUCAGCUGUUCCUGGUGCAAACAGGCGUUUCACAAUAAGGUGACCUGCUUCAUGCUCCAUCACAUUGAGGAACCCUGCUCCUUGGGGGCUCAUGCUGCUGUUAUUGUCCCGCCUACCUGGAUCAUUAAGGUGAAGAAACCUCAGAACUCGCUGAAGGCUUCAAAUCGGAAGAAGAAGAGAACAAGCUUUAAAAGAAAAGCUAGCAAAAGAGGAGCUGAACAGGAAAACAAAGGUCGACCUUUUGUGAUAAAACCUAUCUCUUCUCCUCUCAUGAAGCCCUUGCUUGUCUUUGUGAAUCCCAAGAGUGGAGGCAACCAGGGAACCAAAGUCCUGCAGAUGUUCAUGUGGUACCUGAAUCCACGGCAGGUCUUUGAUCUUUCUCAGGAAGGGCCAAAAGAUGCGCUUGAGUUAUAUAGGAAAGUACCAAAUCUGCGAAUCUUAGCCUGUGGCGGGGAUGGAACGGUGGGCUGGAUCCUUUCUAUUCUGGACGAACUACAGCUGAGCCCUCAGCCUCCUGUCGGGGUCCUUCCGCUGGGGACUGGGAACGACCUGGCUCGAACUCUCAACUGGGGAGGGGGCUACACUGAUGAACCUGUUUCGAAGAUCCUUUGCCAAGUAGAGGAUGGGACCAUUGUACAGCUGGAUCGCUGGAACCUCCAUGUGGAAAGAAACCCAGACUUGCCUCCGGAAGAACUUGAAGAGGGUGUAUGUAAGCUUCCUCUGAACGUUUUCAAUAAUUACUUCAGCCUUGGAUUUGAUGCCCACGUCACACUGGAGUUCCAUGAAUCCAGAGAAGCAAAUCCAGAGAAAUUCAACAGUCGUUUUCGAAAUAAAAUGUUCUAUGCAGGGGCAGCUUUUUCGGAUUUCCUACAGAGAAGCUCUCGAGAUCUAUCCAAACAUGUUAAAGUUGUUUGUGAUGGAACAGAUCUCACUCCAAAGAUUCAGGAACUGAAGUUCCAGUGUAUAGUAUUUUUAAAUAUACCCAGAUAUUGUGCUGGCACAAUGCCCUGGGGGAACCCAGGAGAUCACCAUGAUUUUGAACCUCAGCGUCAUGAUGAUGGUUAUAUUGAAGUAAUUGGAUUCACUAUGGCCUCUUUGGCUGCCCUGCAAGUUGGGGGCCAUGGGGAGAGGCUGCACCAGUGUCGGGAGGUCAUGCUGCUCACCUACAAAUCCAUCCCCAUGCAAGUGGAUGGGGAGCCCUGUAGGCUGGCUCCAGCCAUGAUUCGGAUCUCUUUGAGGAAUCAAGCCAACAUGGUACAGAAGAGCAAGAGGAGAACAUCCAUGCCUUUACUGAAUGAUAUCCAUCAGGUGCCAGCUGCCGACCUGCGGAGAGUAUCGGCCCCCCCAGGCUCCUUCGCCACUCCCCAGUCCGUCCCAGACCGCCUGAGGAUCCGGGUGAACAAAAUCAGUUUACAAGACUAUGAAGGAUUCCACUAUGACAAAGAGAAACUUCGGGAAGCUU